AUGAAAAAACCCCGUUUCUCACUUCUCCGUUCUGGCUUGCUACAGAAAGAUAACAUCAUCACAUCAAACACUGAAUGCAGAUAUCUGAAAGCCAAUAUCUACGUACAAAUGAGUAGUGAGCGGCCGCAGGACCCUUCCAGUGCUCUGGAACAAGCUACAUUGGAUGUGUCAAACUUAAAGUCCGAAUUUAGGUUUCUAUUAGAGGAGAUACGGGCGUCUGAUUUGGAAUUUUAUGAUGUCAAAAAGAAGUACUUGAUUAAAGAUUCUCAAAUCCAUAAGUUUAUUAAGCAGAAUGGAUCUUUGGUUGAAAAUCCUAGGGAAGGUGAACUCUAUGAGCGGAUCCGGGAAGAUCUUGAUCAGAGUUAUCAGUUGCAGAUGGAAAAAUGUACUAUAGCCAAUACUCUCCUAUAUAUGGUAACGAAGCAUUUGAAGAGAGUUAAAGCUAACAUUGAAGCUUUAGAAGAAGAUGGACUGUUGGCGCAACUAGAUGAUGAUGGAUUGGAUCUAGCGAACGAGCUUUCUAGGGAAAGUUCUGUUUUAUCUUCGGGGACUUCAUUGGAAAGACGCAAACGUGCUGUUACCACUGGAUCUUCAUCAGCUUCUUCAUCUUUGAGAAAGAAGAUAAAGAAGGAACGUGGAAGAUCGAUACAACGUGAACCAAUAUCGGGGGAUUUAAUUUCGGAGGAUAAUACUAGUGCAAAUGGAGCUCACUUUGCUGAUGAUUUGCAAGACUUCAACGAUGAGCUGUUUUCUAUUAACCAGCAGGAGGAAGACGACAAACAACUGUACUGUUUUUGUCAAAGUGUUUCAUAUGGUGAAAUGGUUGCAUGCGAUGGCCCUAACUGUAAAUACGAGUGGUUCCACUAUGGGUGUGUAAAUUUGGAGGAACCUCCAAAGGGCCAAUGGUAUUGCCCAGAAUGCCGUCAGGAAAUGGCAAAUCAGAAAUUGAAAAAGAAAAAAAGGAUAUAA